GACAAAGCAGAAAGUACGCUAAGCCCUACAGCCCUGAUGUGCUGCUUCCUAAAUAUUUACCAAGCACAGGUCAUGAGUCUCUUUAAAGCCCACCUCGAAGAUUCUCGAGCUUUGUCGUAUAUAGCCCUUCCAUUUGACUGAUGAAGGUCCUCUCCUCUAUCUUUUUCGCCAUCCUCGCAAUUGCUACAGCAAUUUACAACAACCCAUAUAUGCUAGCACGCUUCACCAGCUUAACCAAGCACUUCACACCUACACGCAACUUCACAACUACCUCUACAGACAUGGCUUCCAAUAUGUUCCGCGGCCUGCCCGUCAUCCCAGACGAGCAAUUCAGCACCACAGCACCCCGCAAGAUCGCCAAGUCCUUCCUUGCGAUCGAGCAGUCUGAAGGCGCUGGCGCGCGCGUCCGCCGCUCUGUUGGCACACCCAAACUCCGCAACUUCUCGCCCUUCCUUAUGCUCGAUCAUUUCAGCAUCCCCCCUGGCGCUGGUUUCCCCGACCACCCUCACCGUGGACAAGAGACUAUCACAUAUCUGCUAUCUGGUGCUGUGGACCAUGAGGACUUCGCAGGCAACAAGGGCACAAUCGAGACAGGCGAUUUGCAAUUCAUGACUGCAGGGAAAGGAAUCGUGCACGCCGAGAUGCCGAGACAGAACGAGAACGGCGACGCGAACGUAGGAAUGCAGCUCUGGGUCGAUCUGCCCAAGGAACUCAAGUCCUGCGAACCGAGGUACCGCGAUCUGCGAGCCAAGGAGAUCCCUCAGGCCACAUCAGAAGACGGCAAAGUCACGGCGAAGGUUAUCUCUGGUCAAGCCUAUGGUGUAGAGUCUCUGAAGGAACUGGCGUACACACCCGUCUGGCUUCUGGACUUCACAGUCCAGCCCGGCGGUACCGUCAAGCAGUCUUUGCCCAAGGGCUGGAAUGCCUUCGCGUACCUGUUGAACGGCACCACAAUAUUCUCUUCUGGCGGCGAGUCGCGACCGAUUGAGCAGUACCACAAUGUUGUUUUUGAGUCGGACGGUGACAGCAUCGAAGCUUCGGUCGAAGAGGGCGCAGAGAAAGAGUCGAGAUUCAUUCUUGUCGCUGGCCUGCCGCUUGACCAGCCCAUUGUACAGUAUGGACCUUUCGUUGUGACAUCGAGAGACGAGGUCAUUCAGGCCAUGACUGACUACCAAACACAUUCUAACGGUUUUGAGAGGGCGCACAACUGGGAAAGUGAGAUUGGAAAGAGUAUGGUUCAUUAGAGUAGGGUUUUUUACCAACGACGCUGAUGUGAAGACAUUUAUGUACAUAGUUUUCUAGCUUUCAACUCGUUCGAGCAAAUUCAAGUUUCGUUCUAUAUCCUA